CAGGUGUGCUCUUCAUUAUUUUUCAGAAUAUGUUUGAAGCUUAUGUUUUAGUAAUUAAAUAUCUGAUUUUUGCUUUGGCUGGAUGUGCGACUGCUGGACCUGUUGAAGAAUGCCCGAUCUUACAGACGACGGACGUCGCCACUCCUUGCCACUUGAAAGUGGACCCAAGCCUCCAGGACGAACCGGUUCCUCCUUUCGUCUACGCGUUGAAUCUUCCGCAAAGGACUUCAGCCACCCCCUGCCCGGUGUUGCAGACAGUCGACGUCGAGGCGGCAUGUUACGUCCCGCCGAAAUCAAGCAACGACCCGGCUUUUGUCCUGACCGUCUCGCUACCUCCUGACGCCGACCAUAUCGACGAUUCCCCCAGCGGAAUCAGGAAGCUGAAAGAAGCUCAGAGAAAAGCAAAAGAACAUACAGCAAGGAAACCGGCUAAGUUCAGCCAGUCGUCGCCUGAACUCACCCAAGCGGUUUUUCAUCCUCAACCUAGUCUGCCGAAGUUCACCGAUGUCAAAGAGUCGCCUGAUCAAGACUUGAAACUCCCUACCAAACAAAUGAGUAGUUUUUCAAAGGAUCCCAUUUCCGUUCCUGAGUUCGAUCCUGAACCGGCAUCAUCGCCCUUUUUUAACUACUCUCCAAAAGACCAAACAUCACAUUUAUUUAAAAUGGACGUUUCGCACUUACACGAGAAAAAUAAUGGAGGAAAAGCAGUUCAGUUACCUUCAGUUGUACUUUACCAAAAAAAGCCUCAAGACAUUUAUGGUUUACCUUACCUAAAAAGAUAAUAAUGUAAAUAUAUAUUUCAAGUGUAUUUCUUUAUCCAUCUUAUUGUAA